GUCCUGUGCCUUCAUUGGAAAUCUGCGUUUCUUCGGGCUGGGAGCUUGAAGCGCUAAUUCAAACGAGCGCUCUGUUUUUAUUCUUGUAUGAAAUCGUACGUAAACUAAAAAACAAAGAAUAAAAACCCGACGCUUUAGUUCCAGCGCUUGCGCGCUCCCGUAACAUUCCCCAUUAAGUAAAAUACAGGUUUGUUUUUUUUUUCGCGGCGAAAGGAGGUGUAAGUAGGGUACAUCUGAUCGAAAAGACUCCGAGAGAAGAGGAAAGCACUCCCCUCGUUUGUUUGGGAUUUCAUAUUCCAUUUGGGAACAAUCUUCUUUCCAGCACACUGGUCUUACUGGAAAACGGAUCACCAGAUUGCUUCACGUUAAACUUUUUCAAGGUUUUAAUUUAAAGAGAAAGACUUUUUUUUUUUUUUUUUUUUUUGGAAUCGAUACAGAUAAUACAAGGAAAAAAUGCCGGAUCAGAUUACUGUGUCGGAAUUUGUGUCUGAAACGAAUGAAGAUUACAAAGCACCCACCGCCUCUAACUUCACCACCAGGAUGUCUCAAUGCAGGAAUACCGUGGCCGCUCUGGAGGAGGCGCUAGAUGUUGACAGAGGUGUCCUGUACAAAAUGAAGAAGUCCGUCAAAGCAAUUUACACGUCUGGCAUGGCACAUGUAGAGAAUGAAGAGCAGUACACCCAGGCGCUGGAGAAGUUUGGAGAUAACUGUGUCUUCAGAGAUGACCCAGAUUUAGGAUCAGCUUUCCUCAAGUUCUCUGUGUUUACAAAGGAGUUGACUGCACUUUUCAAGAACUUGUUUCAAAACAUGAACAAUAUCAUCACUUUUCCACUUGAUAGUCUGCUAAAGGGAGACCUGAAAGGAGUUAAAGGGGAUCUGAAAAAACCUUUCGACAAGGCCUGGAAAGACUAUGAAACUAAAGUUACAAAGAUAGAGAAAGAGAAAAAAGAGCAUGCAAAACAGCACGGGAUGAUCCGGACUGAAAUCAGCGGGGCAGAGAUAGCAGAAGAAAUGGAAAAAGAAAGGCGGUUCUUUCAGUUACAGAUGUGCGAGUAUCUUCUCAAAGUCAAUGAGAUCAAGGUGAAGAAAGGAGUCGAUUUGCUUCAGAAUCUCAUCAAAUACUUCCACGCCCAGUGCAAUUUCUUUCAGGAUGGAUUAAAAGCUGUAGAAAAUCUUAAACCUUCAAUCGAGAAACUUGCAACAGAUUUGCACACGAUUAAACAGGUACAAGAUGAAGAGAGGAAACAGCUGGCUCAGCUGAGAGACGUGUUAAAAUCAGCGCUACAGGGGGAGCAAAAAGAGUCUAGGAGAGAUUCUCAAGUUCGUCAGAGCACUGCCUAUAGUUUACACCAGCCUCAGGGAAACAAAGAGCACGGUACUGAGAGAAGUGGAAACCUCUACAAAAAAAGUGACGGCAUUCGCAAAGUUUGGCAGAAAAGAAAAUGCACUGUUAAAAAUGGGUAUCUCACCAUAUCUCACGGGACGCCAUAUCGGGCAUUUCCCAUAACAGCCAGAUACUUUGCUGAAGGCGACAGCAGAGAUCGCUUUUCAGCAGGCAAUUCAGUUUGUGUUAACAAGCUUGCUAACAGACCACCAGCAAAGCUCAAUCUAUUAACUUGCCAAGUGAAACGCAACCCGGACGAGAAAAAAAGCUUUGAUCUCAUAUCACAUGACAGAACGUACCACUUCCAAGCAGAAGAUGAACCAGAAUGUCAAAUAUGGAUGUCAGUGUUACAGAACAGUAAGGAGGAGGCGCUGAACAACGCUUUCGAGGGCGGAGACCACGAUGUGGGAGAAAAUAACAUUGUUCAGGAGCUCACUAAAGCCAUCCUGGCGGAGGUGAAGAGGAUGACAGGGAAUGACGUGUGCUGUGACUGUGGCGCCCCAGAUCCAACAUGGCUUUCUACAAAUCUGGGGAUUCUAACCUGUAUCGAAUGUUCUGGAAUCCACCGAGAGCUGGGUGUUCACUAUUCCAGAAUACAGUCUCUUACUCUGGACAAAUUAGGAACAUCUGAACUCUUGCUGGCCAAGAACAUUGGGAACGCUGGAUUUAAUGAGGUAAUGGAAGCAUGUCUGGCAGCUGAGGAGGUGAUCAAACCCAAUCCCACCAGCGACAUGAACGCACGAAAGGACUAUAUCACAGCUAAGUACAUAGAAAGGAAAUUUUCUCGUAAGAAGUGUGUUGACAACGCAGCGAAGCUCCAAAGUCUUUGUGAAGCAGUAAAAGCCAAAGAUAUUUUUUCUUUGGUUCAAAUCUACGCUGAAGGUGUGGAUAUGACAGAACCGAUUCCACUGGCAAACGGGCAUGAACACGGAGAAACUGCGAUGCAUCUUGCAGUUAGACUGGUGGACCGGACUUCUCUGCAUAUCGUUGACUUUUUAGCCCAAAACAGUGGAAAUCUUGAUAAACAGACGGCGAAGGGCAGCACAGCGCUGCACUACUGCUGCCUGACAGACAACAUUGAGUGCCUGAAGCUGUUACUGAGGGGGAAGGCCUCCAUUGAAAUAGCCAAUGAAGCAGGGGAAACUGCCCUCGACAUCGCAAAAAGACUGAAACACACUCAGUGUGAGGAACUGCUCACUCAAGCAUUAUCUGGGAAAUUUAAUGCCCAUGUUCAUGUGGAGUACGAGUGGAGAUUACACCACGAGGAUCUGGAUGAGAGCGAUGAUGACGUAGAUGAAAAGCAGCCCAGUCCCCACCGCAGGGAGGAAAGGCCUGUCAGCUGCUUCCAGCCUGGCACCAGCCAGCUUCAACCCACCGCAGCCGCCUUGGCAAGGGAUGCAGCCAAUCUGGUGAAGGACAAGCAGAGAGGCUACAUCACCAGUCUGGUCAACAAUGAGACCUAUGGGGCAAUCCUGAGUGCCAGUCCGCCUAACCAGACCACUGUACCUGUGACUACCAACGCCCCCCCACUGCCUCCGAGGAAUAUUGGCAAAGUUCAACUGUCAGUAAUGGGCCCUGGUGUACAGACCACAAGUUCAAACUCUUGGAAGUCUGGCUCUGGGAGUACAGAGGGUUUGAGCAGGCAGAGGUCCUCAUCGGAACCACCAGAUAUUCACCCUCCUGUACCUCCACUGCGAGGAACGUCAACUGCAAAUCCUCCGCCCGUGGUUCCGCCGCCCCCUGUGGCUAAAACUGGGAGUGUCAUGGAAGCGGUGAACCUGCAGUCUAAACAGACAGGCCCGCCCCCCGUUCCGCCGGUCAAGCCUUCUCCACCACCACUGCCCCCUCAGCCCCCCGGCAGAGUCCCGCAGCCAAAGUCUCCAGCCAACACUGAAAAAACAUUCAACAAAGGAGCUGUGGGACACAGAUCUGUACCAAAACCAGUUAAAGAAGCAGCAGCCCCAGCAACCUCACAGUCAGGGCCCUCUCAGAGCUCAGUGGGUCAGAUCCAGCCGCCGGCACCCAUGCCAAGGAAGUCCUUUCAAAAGCAGAAGCCGAAAAGAGUAAAAGCUAUUUAUAACUGUGCAGCAGACAACCCUGAUGAGCUGACGUUCUCCGAGGGUGAAGUUAUCACAGUGGACGGUGAGGAGGACCAGGAGUGGUGGCUCGGGCACAUCGAAGGGGACCCGACGAGAAGAGGGGCUUUUCCUGUCACGUUUGUGCACUUCAUUGCUGACUGAAAAGCCUUUCUGAAGGAAGGCCAAAGAAAUAAUAAUAAUAAUAAUAAAAAAACACGUUUUAGCUUUUGUCAAUGUUUUCAUCUGCCUGUGUGAGGUGUACUGCCCCAGCGAUUUACAACAAGAGGCAUCGCUAAACCGAUUUGGAGUCCUGGUCUGUCGCAGUUCAUUCUCAAGCUCUAGAAUGUAGGUGCGCACUGAUCCAUCUUUCAUCUGACUGAGGUGGAAGCGCUGAACUUCUCCAGCCAUUGCUUUCAUCAUGACCAGGAAGCAUUUUAUGUCUGUAGCAAUUAGAUACCGAGCUGCCUUGUUGCAGUAAACGCACUUUUUAUCGGGCUGAAUUUUUGUGGUUUUAAAAUGAAAAUCCAAGCAAUGCAAGAUUUUAUUUUCUAAGCA